AUUAUUUCAGGAAAAAAAAUAGCAGCUUGCUAAAGCCAUUGAAACCUGGAUUAUAACAAAAGUUUUGAAAUCUUAAAGCUGGAGGGAGAUCUAGUUGUCUCCUUAUACUUGUGUGUGAAUUUUUUUGUUGCUAGUGGUAACUCUAGAGAAUUUUUUUUCGAACAGCACCCUUUUAAUAACAAUGGUCUCCCCAAAUAUACUGUGGCAUAGCUUUAAACUUUAUUAAGUCUGUCUUGCAAUCCCCUUCCUCUCCCUGAGUAAAUGGAAGAAAAGUUUGGCAGGCUCCAUGCUGUGCACUUGAUUGAUGUCCAGAACAUCUGAAGGACUUUUGUGUCCUGCCUGCUCUCCAUGAGUGCAUAAUGUGUGAAUACUUAAAGAAGGUCAGCCCUUAUCACAUGUAAUCUAGGCCUGAAAGCAGAUCAACAGUGACAGUCAUAUCCCGUAAGUAAGAACACAAAUCAUCCUCUACAUGCUUUAGACAAGUUGUGAGAUAUUUUCUCUCUCUUUUUACCCCUUCCCACUCACGGGGGACCUUGGCAGAGCAAUGAAAGCAGAGAGAAGACGUGCUCAGAAUAAUGUGUCACUUGUUGGAGGGAGGAAGGGAUUGUUUAUUUGUAAUGAUGUGCUGGUCUUUCACUGUGCAGCUGAAAGGAGCUUCGGGUUGUUGAUGACCAGUGAUGUGGAAUGUGCACAGGAGAACAGGGUGGGGAGGCAGGCAGCCUGAAAGCGGCCGAAGUUGUGGUCUUUAUAAACCCUGGAGUCAGGAGAAAUGUUUUUGUACACUUGGGUUCUAUUGUCCACGUUUUCCCCCAUAAUGGAGUCACUUUUUAUACCAUUGUGUGAAUGUAUCACACAAUGUGCGAAUGUGCUGAAAAUCAGAGUAGUAAGAUGCUUUAGCCAGUACAGUUCUGAGUGUACUUUUCUCGUUUGGGUACAACUAGUACAAAAGUUUAAAACAUGUUUUCAGGCAAAACUCACUGGAAUGGUAGGGACCUAAAUUGCUAUAGCUUACAAAAGGAAGAAGGAAAUAGCUUGUUUUUAUGUGCCUGUGUGUUUGAACAGAAGUUUAAUUAAAAAGUUAAUGUCCUUCCAAACAGUAUUAGCAGGGAUAUUCAAAUAAUAAAGAAAAUAACACUCACCUUAUUGUUCUCAUCAGGAAUAAUGAGGAUAUUGUUACAUUUUCUUAGAUACAAAGGAAUGUAUUUUCAUCGUAUCAUUGAAAUCUUUACUCUUUUCUUUGGAAAUGUAAUCAGCCGCACGAAGCAGUUGUAGCCAGUACACAUAAUGGAAAAAUAAACUGUGAAGAUACCUCCUCCAGAAAUGAAGGCAUGGCUUCCCGUGUAUACAGGACAGAAAUCACAAUAUGAGAUAUGAGGCCCUUCCCAUCUCUGCCAUCUACUUUUCCAUCCUAAUGUCUCUGUUCUCCAGGCAUUUCCAGGUUCCCACGUUCUCUGCAAACACUGCUCUUUUUCUUACUCGUGAGUCUCUGUACUGCCCUUCCUCUUUGCUUAGGAUUCCUUUGCCCUCCCUUCGCUCAGUGAAUUCCUACUUCUCUUUGAAGACCUCGUUCGAAUGCCUCUCCCCCACAAGUUCAGUCCCCACCCCUGGUCAGAAUUCAUCUUUGUCCACUGUACUUUCCGUGUUCCUGCAGUUCCCCAGGUGGUUACUGUACUGCAUUGUCAUUAUUUAAUUGUAUGUUUGUCCUCAACCUACAGGGUCAGUUGUGUCCUGAAGGCAGGUACUGUCUUUUAAGAAAUGUGCUUAUAUCCCAUUUACUAGAUCCAAUUCCCCAAAUUCAGUUCAAAACUGUUUAUAUACAUAAAAAUCAGGAGGUUUGGGUAGUUUCUAUGUAAAAAUAAGUCACAAAUUGAGACUGUUAGAACAGUAAUCUCAAAAUUUAAAGUGAAUUCAUAUACCUCUGCUGCAAUUAUAUGAAUAUUCAAUGAAUUAAGUAAAAGUAAAUUGACUAAAAACUUGCCUUUGCAGAUAUAAUUUGAAUUUUUAAAACCAGAUUUAACAUAAGACAUAUUUUGUAUUUUUGUUUUAAGGGAGCACAGUGUUUAUGAUGAGAACAGUUUGGCAAAAUGUUACAUUAAAUAACGUUGUUAACAGGAAUUUUUUUUUGGUCAGGAGGCAGGGGAGUGAUUAGUGAGUUUUUUGGAAAUUGACCACUUUCUGAUAUCCUCUUAUGUUCUGGGCACCGUAUUCAGUAACUAAUAUUCAUUUACCUGUGUAAUUUAUAUAACAGUCUUAAGUCAGGUAAUGACCAAACUGUAGAAGAGAGUUUGCAUGAUUUGGCCACGGUUAUACAGAUUGCACAACUAGGCUGUCUGCAUCACAUGAAUCUAGAAUGGGUGGGUCUGUUUAAGAAUUGUACAGUUGAGGGGCAUCUGGGUGGCUCAGUUUAAGCGUCCAACUCUCGAUUUCAGCUCAGGUCACGAUCUCACGUUUGUGCCCUGUGUUGGGCUCUGUGCUGACAGUACAUACACAGCCUGCUUGGGAUUCUCUCUUUCCCUCUCUCUCUGCCUCUCCCCUGCUCACUCACUCUCUCAAAAAUAAAUAAAUAAACUUAAACAAAAGAAUUCUACAGUUGGCAGCAGUGCAAAUUGUACUCAUGUGGGUAGUCCUCCUUUUCUCUUUCCUUGGUCUUCUCUCGGGUAUAGAUCUUCAAAUUGAUACCUUUCUUUUAGCAUUCUCUCAGAGAGCUUUCUUUGAAACCUCCUUGGGUGUAUACUGUAUGUGAGUGGGUUAAGUCAUAUGCAAGUCUCGGUGGUUUCCCUAAACCAGAUUUCUGAUCUACGUUAUAAGAGUUUCAUUAGAUCUUUUGAGCCGGGUUGCCUGGAACCUAAUUAUGCAUUUUAUAAAACAUGCAGCCAGCGUAUAUUAAACAAUAAAGGCAAACUGGAGGGAAUUAAGAGGGAUACAUUUUGAAUUUCUUAAUAUUAUCAAUGGAAGGAAGAAAUCUGUAUUUCCACAAGGUUUGACUAAAUAGAAACCUCUCCUCACACUUCUCAUUUUCACUUCUCACAAAGUUGGAAAUUCAGGUUCGGAGACUCAUCCUAUAGGCUGAAAUUUUACACUUUUUUUUUUUUUACUUCAUCAAGCCAGUCAGUGUUCAAAAAGGCUUUAGUUAUUUAUGUAAUAUAUAGUCUAAACUCCAUAAUCUACGUUCAGAGUCCUGCACAGUCCGGUUCCACUCUGUCUAGGUUUCUCUCCAGCCAUUUGCUAAUAGGAACUGUCUGCGCCAGUAGGGUUUUUCUUCUCAUGCUAUUACACAAAUGAAAUAUUUAAUCCUACCUCUAAUCCUUGCUCAUAUAAUUUCUUCCUUUCCGUCUCCUCUGUUGCUAUAUAAAUUCAAUUCUUAUUUCAGCGUCCAGCUCUCCCUUCAGUUUUUGGCCCAGUCUAAUCCAUGCCUUACCCUGAUUUUCCAUCUUUAUUCCAUUUGAGGACACUUCUUCUUAAAAUAUGCUACCUUUUUUACCGUUCUCUAUUAUAUAGGUUGCUUUUUUUUUGUGGCAUUGUAAACUUCCUGAGUACGUUUAUUUCAGCGAGCACAUACCAUAGAGUAAGAAAUGGUCGCUGAUAUGAAUUGUUUGAACUGAAUUCGGAUUCUAAGGUGAGAGCUCUCUCUUUAGGCUUGGAACCAUUUUUGGCCGCUCAUAUUGGGGAAAUGGAGUGGCAGUGGGAGCUGUCCCACAUUUCAGCCAUUCGCCCGUCCUCCCAAAGCUCAAGGCUGGGUUCCAAGUUGGCGGUGGAACCAUGUCGUGAUGUGGCUUUGAGCUGAAUAGCAAAGGUUUGAACAAGAGAUUCUGUUGCUUGAUUUUUGUCUUCUUUUCCCACAUAUUACUCUCUGCUCCUGAUCACUCCUGUUCAUUUUAGUAUGCCUCAGUCUCCCUUCUUCGCUCCAAGGGAUGUGGAUAAAUGAUACUGAAAGACUACUACCCUCGACUUACAGUUUCCUGGCACCAAACUUACUUGAUAACAUGCUUUUGCGAAGUUCAGGAAAGUUAAAUGUGGGCACCAAGAAAGAGGAUGGUGAGAGUACAGCCCCCACCCCUCGUCCAAAGAUCUUGCGUUGCAAAUGUCACCACCAUUGUCCAGAAGACUCAGUCAACAAUAUUUGCAGCACAGAUGGAUAUUGUUUCACAAUGAUAGAAGAAGAUGAUUCUGGGAUGCCUGUGGUCACUUCUGGAUGCCUAGGACUAGAAGGCUCAGAUUUUCAGUGCCGGGACACCCCCAUUCCUCAUCAGAGAAGAUCCAUUGAGUGCUGCACAGAGCGGAACGAGUGUAACAAAGACCUGCACCCUACACUGCCUCCAUUGAAGAGUAGAGAUUUUGUUGAUGGACCUAUACACCACAAGGCCUUACUUAUAUCUGUAACUGUCUGUAGUUUGCUAUUGGUCCUUAUUAUUUUAUUCUGUUACUUCAGGUAUAAAAGACAAGAAACCAGGCCUCGGUACAGCAUUGGGUUAGAACAGGACGAAACGUACAUUCCUCCUGGAGAAUCCCUGAGAGACUUAAUUGAGCAGUCUCAAAGCUCAGGAAGUGGAUCAGGCCUCCCUCUGCUGGUCCAAAGGACUAUAGCUAAGCAGAUUCAGAUGGUGAAACAGAUUGGAAAAGGUCGCUAUGGGGAAGUUUGGAUGGGAAAGUGGCGUGGCGAAAAGGUAGCUGUGAAAGUGUUCUUCACCACGGAGGAGGCCAGCUGGUUCCGAGAGACAGAAAUAUAUCAGACAGUGUUGAUGAGGCAUGAAAACAUUUUGGGGUUCAUUGCUGCAGAUAUCAAAGGGACAGGGUCUUGGACCCAGUUGUACCUAAUUACAGACUACCAUGAAAACGGUUCCCUCUAUGACUAUCUGAAGUCCACCACUCUAGAUACAAAAUCAAUGCUGAAGUUAGCCUAUUCUGCUGUCAGUGGCUUAUGUCAUUUACAUACUGAAAUCUUUAGUACACAAGGCAAACCGGCAAUCGCCCACCGAGAUCUGAAAAGUAAGAACAUCCUGGUGAAGAAAAACGGAACAUGCUGUAUAGCUGACCUGGGCCUGGCCGUCAAAUUUAUUAGUGAUACCAAUGAAGUUGACAUACCACCCAACACCCGAGUUGGCACCAAACGCUAUAUGCCCCCAGAAGUGUUGGACGAGAGCUUAAAUAGAAAUCACUUUCAGUCUUACAUUAUGGCCGACAUGUACAGUUUUGGACUCAUCCUCUGGGAGGUUGCUAGGAGAUGUGUAUCAGGAGGUAUAGUGGAAGAAUACCAGCUUCCCUAUCACGAUCUGGUGCCCAGUGACCCCUCUUACGAGGACAUGAGAGAGAUCGUGUGCAUCAAGAAGCUACGUCCCUCAUUCCCCAACCGGUGGAGCAGUGAUGAGUGUCUGAGGCAGAUGGGAAAGCUCAUGAUGGAAUGCUGGGCUCACAAUCCUGCAUCACGACUGACCGCCCUGCGCGUCAAGAAAACACUAGCCAAAAUGUCAGAGUCCCAGGACAUUAAACUCUGAUUUGAGGGGAAAAAACAAGCACCUCUUGAGAAAGCCAGUAGAUACUCUUCUGUUUGUGGGCAGAGCAAAAGAUGUUCCAGAAGCAUCCACAGUACAAGCCUUGAACACCAUCCUGCUUCCCAGUGGGUUCAGCCUCACCUCUCAGGGAGCAGCCUGGACAAAGAGAAGUUCCCAGAAACACGUUCUUACCGUGUCUGUUUGUAGGAGGGAGAAACCGCUUGGGUAACUUGUUCAAGAUAUGACGCAUGUUGCUUUCUAAGAAAGCCCUGUAUUUUGGGAUUGCCCUUUUUUUUUUUCUUCAAAAGAUGCUUUAAUUUUGCCAAAAUAGAACAAAUCAUGUAGAUGUUUUAAGGUUUUUACUAUUAUAGUUUAAUAACAACAAAAGGUCUUCCCAGAAAUUCUGCCGGAAGGCAAGUUUUAAAAUACCUUUUUCCAUUAGUAUAAUUUUGUUGCACUCUUCAAACCAAGAGACAGUCUGUGAAGUUGGAGAACACAGAGUGGAACUCCUCUGAAAAUCUCCCCGGUUCUGCCUCCUCAGACCACUUUGGCCAGCCCUGAAUUUAGGGGCCGCCACAGCAAUGUGAAUGCACCUGGGUACAGAUGCCACCUGUCUGGGACCUCGUUUGGGGGUUCCUGCAGGUGACCCUUCGUAGCUUCAGACAAUAUGGAACAAAUGAAGGUUUCAUGUGACUCUGUGAGAAGUAGUAAGUGUUGAUGCUUUUCUUUAGAACCACUUUGUGUUUCUGAUUCUUUUAAGGCGUUUCUGUCACGGUAAAAUCUUUUCCUUCUCAUUAAACACAAACAGAGCUGUUUUUAGGUGCAGAGAACUGACCCAUGCAUGUUUUUGAUCUCUCAAACGAAAGGAUCGAUAUUACAUAAAAUUGCCAUCAGUUUUGUUAUAAACAAGCCUCUUUAAAAUAGAGCUAAUUUUGCUCCUGUGUUGUAAGAAAAAUAUGUCAGUAAGGUAGAAGAUGAGGCUUGGGGGUGCAAAUGGCUUGUCUCUUAUCUGUGCAGGAAAGCCCGCCUUAGAAGCACAAGGGAAAGUAUGCCUGUCUUAUUUUGUAUAUAGAUAAUGACAGUUUCUUUUUGUUAUUGUCUGUCUCUUUUGUGUCUGAGUGAAGGGAAGGAGAGAAAGCAUGUCAUAUUAAUUUAACUAAAUUUUAAUUUAAAAGUAGAAAUAUAACCUCCAGAGGGGACAGCAGAAGAGAGCAAGUGGAGGGCACAAAAUAUUAUGGCUGCUGUGAUUUAUUAUUCUAAGAUAGAUAUGGAUCGAGCAUACUCACCCUAAAUGAUAAUUUCACGUCUUAAGAGUGCUGACUCAGUUUAUUUUAUUUUCAUGACGUUCAGUUCACUUGUUAAUUAAUUUAUUUAUUUUUCUUCUCUGUGGCACUUGUGCAAAGCAUCUCCUCACCUACUCGGCUCUGUGGGGUUUGAACUUUUGAGGAACGUGAGUCAGAUCAUUGACAGGGCCAAUAUUCCUCAGCAACAGGAACAUAAAGCUUAAAAUUGUGCACACCCCUCUCGCCUGUAUCCGUCUAGGUGUCCUUACUGUGGUUUUCUUUUGUUUCUUAGAGAUUCUGCAGUGUUUAGUAAAGAAUUGGGGAAGUACUUCUUGGUCUUUUUAAACACGACGUUCCUUCCAGAAUACUCCAGGGGGCAGUGUUUUAUAACACAUUUUCACCAGUUGGUGCCUGAGGAUGGAGGGUGUUUGAAAAUGUGACAGCUGCAUGAAAAAUGAGAAAAUAUUCUCCUCACUUCUGGAGUAGGCCUGCAGCUGGUGACUUGCUCAACCUGAAAACGUCUUAGAGCACAGAGUGGUUGUGAGCUGUGCUUACAGUUUGGGAGAACAUCAGGAGAAAGAGUGUUCUGUAGUCAGCAUUCUCUUCCCAGUGCUUUAGAGCCGCGUUUUGUGUGUAACGAAGAUUUUCUUAACCCUUGAAUAGGAACAAUGUUUGUUUCUCCCAGAUUAAAAACACUCGUUUCCAAAUAGAAUUGUAAUCAGACGGCUGCUUUUAGUGAGAUUAAAAUCACCUGAAUCGCAACCCAAAGGUUCCUUUCCCUUGGGUCGCAUUGUAUCCCCUGUGAUAGCUUGGAAGGAAUGUGUGCGUACAAUGAAGUGUGAUAAUCAUCUGAGCCUUGGAGAGAAACUUCAGUGCCUCUAAAUUAGAUAAUCUACAAACAAAUAAGCAAACAUUGAUGCCCGUUGAGUGGGGAACGCAGUUGUGUUUCUUGAUUUUCCCUAAAUUUAAGCGAGGUUGGGCUUACCUCUUAGAUAAAAAUGUGUGUUAUUUUUGGUAAAUUUUUAUACAUAGGUAACUUCAAUCAAAAUACUUUGUGGGGAGGUGAUGAUUUGAAAGUAAACUAGAUUUGUAGGGGGGACUUGGUUUCAAUGAAGAAUGGGAAGAAAUUAAAACAGUAUCCAAAUUUCUUCUAUAUUAUUUGUUUAGUUGUUUUGGAAAAAUCUAUAGCUUGCUUUCUAAUCCUCAACCUGAUUUACUCACUAUGAACAUUUAAAAAUUAUUCUUGAUAUAUUUAAAAAGACCCAUUUAGUUGUUAGUGUCUUUCAAUGAGAUAGGCAUUUAUUUAUGAGUAGACUUUUCUUCGUAUCUUACCCAAACCCACCUUAUUUAGGGAAUACUAAAUUGUUCUUAAAGGGACUACCUACUCACUUCCAAAUCAUACUUUUUGAUUUUUAAAUUUUUAGUAGCUCAGAAGUGAAUUUUGUUUUUUUUUUUUUGUUUUGUCUUUCAAUAGAAUAAGUGGGAACCUGAAAAUUACUGUAGUCAGUUGUUUCCUUUCAAGACUAUUUCAAAGACUAAGAUUUUCUUCUAAUCACUCCCUCCCCUCCGAGGGAAUCCUAAAAUAUUAGUUGCUAGCUAAUGUGAGUUUUGUAUGCUAAGAUGUUCAGGUUUAUAGUUUAUGUAUGUGUGUAUAUAUUAUAUAAAUAUAUAUGUAUAUAUAAAUAUUAUGUUCAGUUUGGAGUCUGGCACAACUCCAUUAUGUGGAUUAGAGAGUAAAAUAUUAUGGAUGAUAAAGUACUAAAUGAAACAUAAUAUUUAUUUAUGAAAGCAUGUAGUUGGUUAAGUCACAAGUGACAGUGCUAUGAACGUCGUGUAUGAGGAGACAGGGCUUGGCCUUGCCAGACAGCACCGCUCACAGGCCACUAGUGACUGUUCUGUUUAUUCUUCAAACAUAAAGCUUCUUAGAAAACAUGCCAAGAUUUUGUUUCCAGGGAAUUCCUUGACACAUUUCGAUUGUUGUGUACUCAGGUACAGGAAAUACUGAAUAACGACAGAAUUUCGUGUUCCUAGAGUCAUGCGUAGUCAUUAGACGUUACGGAGGUUUACGCCGUUGGUCUGUUCUGGUUCUUCUUUGUUUGUGAGCGGGAAGGCACUGAAAGCAAUUUUUUUUUUAAACUUGAAUAGUUCUGCAGUUCUAUCUCUUUAGAAAACUCGGUCGCAUAGCAGUGGAAAUGAAAGCAGUGGCAUCAGAAGUGAUUUAAUUUAGCAAUUAUGAUUCCUCUUGUAAAACAAAACAAAGAACAAUGCCAUAUUUUUUGGAGAAAAGUUGGCAAUAUAUAAGGGGUUUUGUUGUCUGUUUCAAAAGAAGAUUCAUUUGUGUUCUUUUGGGGAACCAGUGCCUUAUUGAAUUUGUAUAUACUGUAAUUAUUCAGGAUAGGGAACAAACAAUUGUAUUUGUUACAAAUUGUAUAUGGCUUUGUUUUAACAUUCCCCCCUCCCCCCGCCCCCCCCACUGAAAUAAAAUGGAUUCUUUAUCCCCUUGGA